GUACUUAGGAAGCCCAGGGACAAACAGCCAUAAAGAGUGAAGUGACUCAAGGGUCAGAUUUUUGACACAGUAGGAGGAUAGAACAGAAGAGAAAAGGCGCUUUUUGCACCAGUGGUCUGCUCUGCACAACUAAUCCAGAAUUUUGUAUGAGAAGCCCGGGAUCUCAGGUUUAGGACCCUUGAGUAAAAUGGCCGUCCUGGCCUUCAUCUUUUUGUUGGCCUUUGUCCAAGCUGAAUCUGCAAGCCUUUUAACUUCAAGUCCCAUAUUUGGACCACGGCAGGUGACUGGGUUGCUUGGAGGCUCAGUGACUGUGAAAUGCUUUUACCCUCCCACUAGUGUGAAUAGACACAGCAGGAAGUACUGGUGCAAGGAAUCAACACGGCAAUGUUCAACCAUCAUUUCUAGCAAUGGCUAUGUUGCUGGAGCGUUCAAAGGCAGAGCCUUAAUAACAGACUUUCCAGAGAAUGGCAUAUUCACUAUAUUAAUAUCAGAGCUUAGAAGAGGAGACAUGGGGAUGUACAAAUGUGGUGUUUCACUAAAUGACAAUGGACUGUCUUUCAGAGUGAAGCUGGAUGUUUCCGAAGAUUCAACAGUUCCGGAUGAAGCUCAACUCAUUUAUGUUGAGCAGCAUGGAUCAGUGACUAUGAACUGUGACUUGGGUGCGCAAUAUGCAAGUGCUCGGAAGUACCUGUGCAAGAUGUCAAAGAAUGAUUGCUACACUGUUAUUGACUCGUAUGGAAAAAUUGACCCAGCCUACGAAGGAAGAGUUAUGCUGACCUUUCUUGGGACUCCUGGAUCAUUCAGUAUCUUUAUGACCCAGUUAAAGAAGAAAGAUUCAGGGUCAUAUCUCUGUGGAGCUGGAAUCUAUGGGGCAGGGGGAGAAUCCAAGGAACUGGAUAUACAUGUCUAUGAAGGGUCUUUGGUGCCCAAAGGACAACCUGUAGCAAGAGGAGUCCAAGGUGGAUCAGUGUCUGUUGAAUGCCAUUAUGAUCCAAAAGAGAAUUAUACACGCAAACAGUGGUGCAAGUUAGAAAAAAACAGGUGCCUUCCAUUAAUAAAUGACUUUGGGUAUGUGAUGGAUUCCUAUGAGGGAAGAAUAGUGAUGCAUGAUAACCCAAGUAAUGGAACAUUCACCAUCCUGUUGAACCAACUGAAUGAGAAGGAUGCAGGGUUCUACUGGUGUGUAGUAGAUGGAAAAGAGGAAAGAAGGUCAGCAACAGAGCUGAAGAUUGUAGAAGGGAAACCCAAUUUAGUAAUAAAUAAUGAGAUCAACGCUGUUGUCGGUGCCCCACUGAAACUAUCAUGCUCUUACUCAUGUGAAUAUGCUGAUUAUGAGAAGUAUUGGUGCAAGUGGAAGAAUACUGGAUGUGAACCUCUCGUCUUAUCCACCCAAAAUGAAAACGGCUUGGUGGUUAACUGUGAUGCAACCAACAGAAUUUUGUCGCUGAAUUUUGACCAAGUGUCACGAACAGAUCAAGGGUGGUAUUGGUGUGGAGUCAGACGUGGAGGUCACUAUGCAGAAACAACUGCAAUGCAUCUGGAAGUGCAAGAAGUGUUUCAAAACCCUAAAGAAGAUUCCAGUGCCGACAAAGAACCCAGUGAUAUAAUUCCUGAAGUCAACCCUAGAAGCAGGGGCCUUCCCUUAAAUGAAGCUAAGGAGGCAACUGGAGUUGAGAGCCCCGUAGACAGCCAUGAAGAUAGCAAAAAUUCCUCAGUUCUGGUCUCCACUUUAGUCCCCCUUGGAGUUGUGUUUCUGCUUCUUGUCGCAAUUGGUAUUGUUGUGAAGCGCAAGGUUUUCAAGCAUUCAGAUUUGGUCUCAGUUGGAAGCUACAGGACAAACAUCAGCAUGACAGAUUUUGAGAAUGUGAGACAGUACGGAGCAAAGGACAAUGUAUGCAUGGAAGAUGCUAAUGAGACCCAAUUAGGCACCAUGGAUGAGAAUAUAAUCAGUGGCAGUCCUAAGGAGACUGGUAAACCAAAGAAGACAAAGAGGGGCUCCACGGAGGAAAUUGAGAUGGCUUAUACCACAGUCCUGCUGAAUGAAGGCAACAAGACCCCUGCAAGAAGAGACCAGGAACAAUAGAGCUUUGCAGAUGGCUGAAGAGUUUGAUUGCAAAUGCUU